UCUCGUCGUCACCAAGAUCCCUCUUUCCUCCUCUCGCCUCGCUUCGACCUCCUAGGCCUGGGUGGGAUUGGGGCCAAGAUCCAAUCUUGCUGCUGGUGCUGCUGCGACUCGACGAUCCGAUCCGGCACCGUCGAUCUCGAGUGAAGCAGCGACUAUGGCACGCCGCCAUCACCUCCUUCUUCUUCUUCCGCUCUUCCUUGCCUUGGCUGCUGCUGCUGCUGCUUCGGGGCACGGGCAGGGUCAUGGAGAAGCCUCCGCCGUCUUCAUCGAUGGCGCGUCGCACCGCUACCUCCGGAAUCAGCAAGGCGACGGCCAGGACUCUUCAAUGUCACUAAAUGAAGUUUCAGCGGUUGUUUCUGUCUUGCUUGGUUUUGCACCACCAACCUCCCUACCCACCCGUUCUUCUUCACAGUUAAACAAAGUGCUUCUUCCUAAUCCAUUUGACAGACCACGUGCUGUUUUCUUGCUGCAAAUCGAUGGGUCCCAUGCCUCAGCUGAUAGCUUCAUAUCUGAAGCCAGCAGCAGUUUCAAGACCAGGAUUGAAGGUGCAAACACCGCUGCUACCGGCCUUACAGAUAAGGAUGAAUUAAUUGUCAUUCAUUCAGAUGAAUCUCUAGAUGUUUCUAGAUCAGAUUAUCUGGAUAAUGAACUUUCGAACUUGGCAAACUGGUUGGAGGGAUCAUAUCAAAAGUCUAGUGGGAAACUGGUAAUUCCCUUGGAGAGUGGAAACAGUCUUACUUUGCUACUUGACAAGGAAGCAGACUCGGAAUUUGCAUCCAGCUUGGUUUCCCUUCUUAAAACUAUCGAAAGGGGCAUUCAGGUUCACGAAGAUUUCUCAGGCGUCGUUAGCCCUGCAGAGUUAUUAGUAUGUCACUUAACAGGGAUAAAGGGUCUGGAGGAUGAAUAUGGUUCGACGGAAAUUGUUAAGCAGAGAACUGAAGUAAUUCGGAGAGCUUUCACCAAAGCAUUUGAGUCACUACUUGGAGCAUAUAAAGGGAAAAUUGUUGGGCUGGUUAUAUCCACAAAGGAAGCUUCACCAUCCUUAGGAUCCAUAAUUGAUGCACCAUCUUCAUUGCUCAUUUCAAGACGGCUAGAAGAAGCAAGCCAAACUAAUGCUAUAGCUUUAGUGCUACUUGUUCGAAAGAGUUUGGCAUGGAUUACAGGGAUCAUCCUUCUUGUCUCAACUCUCAUUGGGGUUUGCUUGCUCAUGAACAUGCCACUUACCAGGGACACCCUCCUGUAUUCAAAUGUUAAGAUUGAUUAAUAUGUACUAUGAAGGGUGGGUUAUACUCCUCACACGAUGACAUGAAUUUUUGGACAGCCAUUCUUAGGUUUCCGAAUCUGGCUUGUGUGGUUACUGGAUGCUUUUUGUAGAGAUGUAUGCGCCUUCUGUUCACCCAAUAAUGUACCAUGGAAUGGAAUACUGCUGCUACGCUUAUCAUGCAGAAAUGUAAUCCCCCCCUUUCGAAUUGUGCUGCCGGUAUGGGCUUGUUGGGUUUCAGUAAAUAAUCCAGGAGUGGAAUUUCAUUGUUAAUAUCUCAGACGAUUGUUGCAGAACACUAGUGUCUGAAUAAAUGAAACCUGUGACUCAAAUAUUUACGAGGAGUAAUAAAUGUUAUUGUUUGUGUUGAA